GGCCAUUAAGUGGAGCUGCCACCUAUAGGUGCUCUUUUAAAAGUGAGUGGUCAGCAAAAUGGCCAUUCAUCACCGUAGGCACCACCAGCUCCUACUACUGGUGCUCUGUCUGCAGACAGGAAAACUCCUGUGCCCAUCAAGGUGUAACAGACGUGCACAGACAUAUUAAAAGCAAAGGACAUCAGGCUAAAGAGCAGGCUAUCCAGUCCACAAGUGGCAUUACUACUUUUUUUGCCCCAGCUUCUGUGUGUGGCAUAACAGCACAAGAGGCCAAGGUACAUAUGAAAAGUAAAAAGCUUGUGAUAACGUUUGUUUGCAUUUUGCGUAACAUUGUAGGUUAUUAUAAUAAUAAAAAAGUAACAAAACACUUAAUACUGCAUGGAAUGUUUAUAUGAUUUGGUGCUUAAAUUCAUCCCUUUCUGUUGCAGACAAGGAGAGCUGAAGUAAAAGUGGCUGUGGCAAUGGUGCAGCAUAAUGUACCAUUUGCUGUCUCUGACCAUUUCAGCCCAUUAUUAAAGGAGUGCUUCAGAGAUUCCACCACAGCACAAAAUUUCAAAUGUGCCAGCACGAAAACAACGUGCAUAAUAAAUGAAGCAGUGGCACCUCAUUUUAGGAACAAAUUGGUCAUGAAGAUGAGGGACAAUCCAUUCACCUUGAUCACUGAUGGGUCAAAUGAUACAGGACAAGAGAAGAUGAACCCGCUCACUGUGCGAGUUUUUGACAGUGAUUCUGGAAAAGUUGUCCAUAGAUUUUUGGAUAUGUGCACAACAAGUGGGCGUAGCUGUGGCACAGCGGAAGUAAUCUUCCAAAAAAUGAACGAGGUCUUACAGAAACACGCCAUACCUUGGGGAAAUUGUGUUAGCUUAUCAAUUGACAACGCACCUGUGAAUACAGGAGCAAGAAAUUCCAUUGCAUCCAGGAUUCUGAAUGAAAAUGCCAACACAUACAUCCAUGGGUGCCCCUGCCACAUUAUCCACAAUACCGCCAAAAAAGCUGGACUGAGGUUUUUGGAAGUGACUGGAUUUGAUCCAGAGGAUCUGGCUGUGGAUGUUGGAUACUGGUUUAAGGGUAGCACCAACCGUAAGGGUUACCUGUCAGAAUUCUGUGAGUUCCAUGGAAGCGAGUACAUGGAAAUACUUCAACACAUUUCCAUUCGUUGGCUGAGCCUGGAGAGGUGUUUGACUCGCCUUCUGCAGCAGUAUGAGCCACUCACCAGCUACUUCAAGUCAUUAAAUGAGAAACAACCAAGGUUUAGAAGGCUGGUGGGUGCAUUUUCUAACCCAUUAACAGAGGUGUACCUCCUCUUCUACGAAGCAACAUUGCCAGCCUUCUCCACCUUAAACCUCCUACUCCAGAGAGAGAAGUCCUCAAUCUUCCUUCUACAUGAAGAGAUGACAAAGUUCAUCCGCAAGUUGUGUGCAAAGUUUCUGAAGCUUGCAGCACUGCAGAACCAAGGAGUUCAUGACAUCCAAUACAAGGACCCAUCAAACCAACUGCCAGGAGAAAAGCUGAACAUUGGCUUCAUUACUCGAGCUACGCUCAACAGGCUCCUUGAUGCGGGAGACAUUACCCCACAGCAGGUGGAGAGGUUCCAGCAGGCUGCGCUGGCAUUUCUGUUAAGGGCUGUGGAGUAUGCCAUGAAUAAGCUACCCCUGAGAGAGACCCUGCUCAAACAUGCUAAGUUUGUUGAUGUCCAGCAGAGGACAGAGUGUGGAGUGGAAGAUGCUCUGUACUUUGUUGAAAGAUAA